AUGUUAGGGUCGUUGCACAAUUAUAGACGCAUUUGCAAGGACACCUUGUACCCGGAUGAGAAAGAGCUACCUCUGCUGGCGAAGUCGCUGUGUGGAGUUCUGGCCGGCUGGACCGUCAGUUUUGUAGCAGCACCUAUAGAGCAUGUCAAGGCCCGACUGCAAAUACAGUACGACGCGAAAACAAAACAUUUCAGUGGUCCAAUCGACUGUGCUAGUAAACUGAUAAAACAGGGAGGCAUUCGAAACGGUCUGUAUAAGGGUCUCUUUGCGACGAUGCUGUUCCGUACCAACUUUCUAUUCUGGUGGGGUUCGUACGAUGUGUUCACCAAUUGGUUCACCAAAAACACCAACAUGUCUACUGCAGCAAUAAAUUUCUGGGCUGGCGGUUUGGGUGCAACAGUGUUCUGGAUUACGGCAUAUCCAUCUGAUGUCGUUAAACAACAGAUCCUCACUGACGAUAUCAAGAACCCCAAAUACAAGACUUGGAUGCAGGCUGCUCGUUCCGUAUACCACCGAACCGGCUGGAAAGGUUUCUUCCGAGGAUUUGGUCCCAGCAUUAUCCGGUCGUUCCCAGCCAACGCAGCGGCCCUUGCUUCUUUUGAGGCCGUCAUGCGGUUCCUCCACUAG